ACUGCAGGGGGGUCACGUGUGUAUGAGAAAAUGACAUAAAGUUUCAGACCCCCUUGUGCUUUGCUCCAGAUACAGACAAUUCUUGUUCGGAUGGUGCCGAGCCCGGCCACAGCCUGGGGCGCGGAUGCCUGCCGGACCACCGCCCUCUCUCCCGGAGCGGCUCCUCCCCCGGGCUGCGCGGCUCCAGACAAGCCCCCAUCAGUGCGAGCGCCCAGCCCGGCUGGGGAGCUCAGAGAUAUGGGGACCUUCAAGGUCUGUGAGCUGCUAGAGUCCUUCUGAGAGCCUGGAUCAUCCCCUUCUGGGCCCCGGAAGCUGUGGAAGAUGAGAGACUGCUUGGGCACCAACAAUAGUACCACAAGUCCCUGCACUGGUUAAAGCCAUCACCACAACCUGGGCAGGCAGCAAGGGCUCUGGGUUUGCAGAGAGCAGAAAUGACCAUGACUGCCAACAAGAAUUCCAGCAUCACCCACGGAGCUGGAGGCACUAAGGCCCCUCGGGGGACUCUGAGCAGGUCUCAGUCCGUCUCUCCACCUCCAGUUCUCUCCCCACCAAGGAGUCCCAUCUACCCGCUCAGUGAUAGUGAAACGUCAGCCUGCAGGUACCCGAGCCGCUCCAGCUCCCGGCUGCUCCUCAAGGACUGGCACCCCCGUGAUCUUUCACCCCCAAAUCCUCAAGCUCCCUCCCCAGGCACUUCACCACCCGUCUGUCCCCUCAAGGCCACCAACUUCAGUUAUUCGGACCGAAGCCCUUCAGUGUGCAAGAGAGAGGACAAGAAGGAGAACAUCCAAGGGGAAGGCCAGGAUGUGGAGGGAGUAGCUGCUUGCCUCCCUCUUGCCCAGAGCACCCCGUCCUUAGGGCCAACACCUGGCCCACGGAGCUUCUUUUUGAACCGCACUGGCAGCCGUGCCCACAGCCUGGGCAUCCGAGAGAAGAUUUCAGCAUGGGAGGGGCGCCGAGAGGCUUCGCCCAGGAUGAGCGUGUGUGGGGAGAAGCGGGAGGGCUCUGGGGGCGAGUGGGCGCUCAGUGAGGGCUGUCCCAGCGUGGCGCCAUCCCCCUGCAGCUCAGAAAAAGCCUUCGAUUUCAAGGGCCUCCGGAGGAUGAGCAGGACCUUCUCAGAGUGCUCCUACCCUGAGACCGAGGAGGAGGGAGAGGCGCUCCCUGUCCGGGACUCUUUCUAUCGGCCGGAGAGACGGGCAGGCCGGAGUGAGCCCAGCACCUUCCUCAGGGGGCAUGGCAGCAGGAGAGAGAGCUCAGCAGUGCUGAGUCGGAUCCAGAAAAUUGAACAGGCCCUGAAGGAGCAGCCAGGCCGGGGACUCCCCCAGCUCCCCAGCAGCUGCUAUAGUGUAGACCGAGGGAGAAGGAAGACUGGGACCUUGGGCACAUUGGAGGAACCGACAGGGAGCACGAGUGUGAGCACUGGCAGCCGGGCAGGAGGAGUGGCUGGAAUUGGGGGGGAGGCAGGCCCACCCCUGGAGAGGGAAGGCAGUGACUCCACUAAGCCAGGGACCCCUGGAAAUAGCCCGAGCUCCCAGCUGCUGCCGUCAAAGAGCUCCCCUGAUCCCGCUGUGAACCCUGUCCCCAAACCCAAGCGCACCUUUGAAUAUGAGGCUGACAAGAACCCCAAGAGUAAGCCAAGCAAUGGUCUACCUCCUUCGCCCACACCUGCUGCUCCACCCCCCCUGCCCUCUACCCCCGCCCCACCAGUCACCCGGAGACCCAAGAAGGACAUGCGUGGUCACCGCAAAUCCCAGAGCAGAAAAUCCUUUGAGUUUGAAGAUGCAUCCAGUCUCCAGUCCCUGUACCCCUCUUCUCCCACUGAGAACGGUACUGAGAGCCAACCCAAGUUUGGAUCCAAAAGCACUUUAGAAGAGAACGCCUAUGAAGAUAUUGUGGGAGAUCUGCCCAAGGAGAAUCCAUAUGAGGAUGUGGACUUAAAGAGCCGAAGAGCAGGACGAAAAUCCCAGCAACUGUCUGAAAACUCCUUGGACUCUUUGCACAGGAUGUGGGGUCCUCAGGACAGGAAGUACAACAACCCACCCACUCAGCUCUCUCUGAAACCCAGCAGCCAGUCCCUGCGCAGUGGGAACUGGUCAGAGAGGAAGAGCCACCGGCUGCCGCGAUUACCCAAGAGGCACAGCCAUGACGACAUGCUGCUGCUGGCUCAGCUGAGCCUGCCGUCUUCACCCUCCAGCCUCAAUGAGGACAGCCUCAGCACCACCAGUGAGCUGCUGUCUAGCCGCAGGGCCCGCCGCAUUCCUAAGCUUGUCCAAAGAAUUAACUCCAUCUACAAUGCCAAGAGGGGGAAGAAGAGGUUAAAAAAACUGUCUAUGUCCAGCAUUGAGACAGCAUCACUGAGAGAUGAGAAUAGUGAGAGCGAGAGCGACUCUGACGACAGGUUCAAAGCCCACACGCAGCGCCUGGUCCACAUCCAGUCAAUGCUGAAACGCGCACCCAGCUAUCGGACUCUGGAGCUGGAACUGCUUGAGUGGCAGGAGCGGGAGCUUUUCGAGUACUUUGUGGUGGUGUCCCUCAAGAAGAAGCCAUCUCGAAAUACCUACCUCCCUGAAGUCUCCUACCAGUUUCCCAAGCUGGACCGACCCACCAAGCAGAUGCGGGAGGCAGAGGAGAGGCUCAAGGCCAUUCCCCAGUUUUGCUUCCCUGAUGCCAAGGACUGGCUUCCUGUGUCCGAGUACAGUAGUGAGACUUUCUCUUUCAUGCUGACUGGGGAAGAUGGCAGCAGACGCUUUGGCUACUGCAGGCGCUUACUGCCGAGUGGGAAAGGGCCUCGGUUGCCAGAGGUAUACUGUGUCAUCAGCCGCCUUGGCUGCUUCGGCUUGUUUUCCAAGGUCCUAGAUGAGGUGGAGCGCCGGCGUGGGAUCUCUGCUGCCUUGGUCUAUCCCUUCAUGAGAAGUCUCAUGGAGUCGCCCUUCCCUGCUCCGGGGAAGACCAUCAAAGUGAAGACGUUUCUUCCAGGUGCUGGCAACGAGGUGUUAGAGCUGCGGCGGCCCAUGGAUUCCCGGCUGGAGCAUGUGGACUUCGAGUGCCUCUUCACCUGCCUCAGCGUGCGCCAGCUCAUCCGAAUCUUUGCCUCGCUGCUGUUGGAGCGCCGAGUCAUUUUUGUGGCAGAUAAGCUCAGUACACUCUCCAGCUGCUCCCAUGCCGUGGUGGCCUUGCUCUACCCCUUCUCCUGGCAGCACACCUUCAUUCCUGUCCUUCCGGCCUCCAUGAUUGACAUCGUCUGCUGUCCCACACCCUUCCUGGUUGGCCUGCUCUCCAGCUCCCUCCCCAAACUGAAGGAGCUGCCUGUGGAGGAGGCACUGAUGGUGAAUCUGGGAUCCGACCGAUUCAUCCGACAGAUGGAUGAUGAGGACACGCUGUUACCGAGGAAGUUACAGGCGGCUCUGGAGCAGGCUCUAGAGAGGAAGAAUGAACUGAUCUCCCAGGACUCUGACAGCGACUCUGAUGAUGAAUGUAAUACCCUCAAUGGGCUCGUAUCGGAGGUGUUUAUCCGGUUCUUUGUGGAGACUGUGGGGCACUACUCCCUCUUCCUGACUCAGAGCGAGAAGGGAGAGAGGGCCUUUCAGCGAGAGGCCUUCCGCAAGUCCGUGGCCUCCAAGAGCAUCCGUCGUUUUCUUGAGGUUUUUAUGGAGUCUCAGAUGUUUGCCGGCUUCAUCCAAGACAGGGAGCUAAGAAAGUGUCGGGCAAAGGGCCUCUUUGAGCAGCGAGUGGAGCAGUAUUUAGAGGAACUCCCAGACACUGAGCAGAGUGGGAUGAAUAAGUUUCUCCGAGGUUUGGGCAACAAAAUGAAGUUCCUCCACAAGAAGAAUUAAGCCCCUUUCCCAGUAAUGGAGUCCAGUGCCUUGCCAAGCCUGGAGCCUGGGGAGGGGGCCAGCUUGGAACCUUCUGGGCUGCUGUGGCUACUCUGCCCCCCCAAGCCAGUCCACCUCUGCCUUCACAAUAUCCCAGGAUACUGUUUGUAAAUAAUCUGCUGUAAGCUUUCUUAUCUCUUUUUGUAACAAGCAAAGAGAAUCUGGUAAAUAUUUGUAUAUUCCCAAGGGGCUGGGUGCUGGCGACUGGCCAAUUAUGUGCAGCUGACUGUCUCAGCCAAACCACUGAUCUUCCCCUGGAGGCUCCAGGCCUGCCUGCCUGAGGCCCCUGCUGCCAGUCUUGGGCCCUGGAGAGCAGAUGCUGUCUUGUUAUGUACAGGAGGACUAUUUUUUUUUUUUUUAAUCUUAGAGUUUCUAUUUUUUUUUUCUAGUAGUCCCCCUUCCCUAACCCUCCGUUUUUGAAAGGCAAAGGCCAAUCAAUCCCCAUUUGCAGCGUGGUACCAGGCUCUCGGGCCUGGCCUUCUCUUGUUCCUCCCACCUUUGUGAUAAUGGUCAGUGAGUCACGGGAAGCCCACCCCCCACCCCCGGCUGUUCCAGUGCUCUUCAGGCCCAGCUUCCAGUCCGUGGUGGCCACGAUGCGGUACAGGGCAUCCCUCCUUCCCACCAUCUACGGGUGUUCUCAAUAAACAGUGUACAGUUGUUUGGGCCCAGA